AUGUUUUUUGGAAAUAAUAAGUUACAAAUCUCGAAUGAAAAUGAUAUUUUAUUUGAGUUUUCACCUAUUGAUGCAUUGAAAUAUGUUGAUGCUAGUAAAGAAGGUGGCGAAAAGGUUAAAGUUGCAUAUUCAGAUGAAUGGAGAAGGAAAAGUGCUAAUAAUAAUGAAGACAUUAAAGAUGUAAUAAAGCCAUAUGAUUGGACUUAUUCAACAUCAUAUUCUGGCACUUUAAUAAAUCCAACUGUUGAAAAGAAAUUUGAAAAAUCUGAUGAAAGAAUCAAUUAUGAAAAACUUCGAAUACCCGAGUCUAUUUUAUUUUAUGAUGAAGUGAUGUUAUUUGAGGAUGAAUUGGCUGACAAUGGAACUGCUAUAUUAAAUAUGAAAGUUCGUGUUAUGGAAUCGUGUUUUUUCAUAUUACAACGUUACUUUCUAAGAGUCGACGAUGUUUUAUUUAGAAUGAAUGAGACUAGAAUAUAUCAUGAAUUUGGUAACAAAUAUUUAAUAAGAGAAUAUUCAUCAAGAGAAGAAAAUUACAAUAAAAUACGUGAUAAGAUACCAAAGUAUAAAGGCAAUGACAUCUCUCAAUUAACAGAUCCAGAUUGGGUUUCUUCAAAGUUAUCACCAGCUACGGAUCCAAUAGUAGAAAAAUUGCUUUUUGCUUGCUGA